UCUGUACCAGUGGAUACAAAGGCUGUGCUCUCUUGCCCUCCUGUGCUGCAUACAGCUGUGAUGUUAGCAAUGUGGGAAGUAGUCCUCAGAGACAAGCCCCCCUGCAACAGAGUCUACAGGCGUGAUACAAAUGAGACAAAGGGAAACUGCACCGAUGAGAGAAUAACCUGGGGCUCCAGACCUGACGAGAUUCCUGCCCUUCAGAUUGACCCAGUGGCCAUCACUCACGAUGGGUAUUACAAGUGUGAAAUGUUAACACCUAAUGGGAAUUUCUAUCAUGGAUAUCACCUCCAAGUCUUAGUGCCCCCUGAGGUGACCCUGGUUAAAAGCAAGGCUGGAACUGCAGUGUGCAAGGCAGCUGCAGGGAAGCCAGCUGCACAGAUCUCCUGGACCCCAGAGAGGACUUGUGCCACUGAUCAAGAACUCUGGGGCAAUGGCACAGUGACUGUCCAGAGUACCUGCGACUGGGAGGGCCACCAUGUACAGAAUGUGUCCUGCUCUGUCUCCCACUUGACUGGCAACAAGAGUCUGACCAUACAGUUGAAUCAAGGUGCCAGAACCCUGGGAUUUCCAGUGUCAUACUUUCUGAUCAUUCUCUGUGUGAAAUUCUCUUUUUUCCUGGUUAUCCUGGUCAUCCUGGGAUUCAUCUACUUCCAGAGAACCAAUGAUUGGCAGUGGGGAUAUGGCCUGUAUCAUCUCCUCACACACGUCCCACAUUUCAUGAAGUCAUCUGGGGACAGAAGAUUGCUAUUCUAUUGA